GGUGAGGAAGGAUCGCAUUUCUUUUCGUAGCAAAGCGCGGGAUUUACAAACUUUCAAAUUAGCCAAUGGAGCUUGGCUUCUUCUCUUAAGCCAAUCAGAGAGAAGAUUUUUUCUAUAAAUACCUCCGGAGUAGAACAAUCUUUCAUUUGAAAAGGAAAGCUUACGUUGUCUGAAAUGGCCCGGACCAAGCAGACCGCCCGCAAAUCCACCGGUGGCAAAGCCCCCCGUAAGCAGCUGGCCACUAAAGCUGCCCGGAAGAGCGCACCUGCCACUGGGGGAGUGAAGAAACCCCAUCGCUAUCGACCCGGCACCGUGGCCCUGCGAGAGAUCCGCCGCUACCAGAAAUCCACUGAGCUGCUCAUCCGCAAGCUGCCCUUCCAGCGCCUGGUGCGUGAAAUCGCCCAGGACUUCAAAACUGAUUUGCGCUUCCAGAGCUCGGCCGUUAUGGCCCUGCAGGAGGCCAGCGAAGCCUACUUGGUGGGGCUCUUUGAGGACACCAACCUGUGUGCUAUUCACGCCAAGAGAGUCACCAUCAUGCCCAAGGACAUCCAGUUAGCCCGGCGUAUCCGCGGUGAGCGGGCUUAAAGGCUGCACCGCCGCAUUCUGACUACUUGAAUACUCGCAACAUUCCAAGGCUCUUUUAAGAGCCACUACGUGCGCACUGAAAAGAGCUGUAACACGCUCAUAAGUGUACCCUUUAAUCAGAAGACUUCACUGUGUGCGGCUUACCUAAAUUAAAAAUUCUGACAAACCAUCCAGGAUGGCUCUAAUUUUUCAAAGUAUGUCCUUGAGGUUGCACACAACUUUCCAUUAGGCUGCCUUAAUUAAAUUCUUAACUUUUUCUAGCCAAAUUAAUGUAAUGGGUACUUUGGUGAUGCUUUUGUCUUUUAUCUCUAUAAAGAAAAGGAGUACUUGUGGCAUCUUAAGAGACUAACAAAUUUAUUUGAGCAUAAACUUUCGUGAGCUAUAGCUCACUUCAUCGGAUGCAUUUUAUCUUUGUUUAUCAAUGUCCCCUUUUCAAGACGUAAUACAAACUUAUUCAAAUGUGAAAUGUAUUUCAUUUAAAAAUAUAUUUUAUAUAACCAAAUAAAUAUUGCCCUAUUUAGCAUUUAGCUUUAAAGAUUGGUUUAAUAAAUAAUGUAAAACCACUGGUAUGUCUUUCACAUAAUAUUCAUACAUUGUAAAUAAGCAAAUGAAGACUGGUAUUCAGAGUCUGAAUGUAAAUGUGUAUUUCACUUAGUGGAUUGUCUAGGGGUGUUCCUCUUAAAAUCAAUAUUGAAGAGGAAAGGGUAUGGGGGGGGGGAAUGGUAAGGAUGGCCUGGGAGGAGACUUAUCUGGGGAGCUGAGGAACACACAAGUUAGACAGAGGCAUCUGUUUAAAGACACUAGUAAUACAACAGUAUUUUUAUAUCCAAUAAAAUGUAUGAUGCAAAUUACAAAUGAACUGUGAAGAAGUCUAGGAUAAAAUCCAGAGGUAAAAUCAUCAGACUGUCUAAUGAAGGGGUUAAAAACAGAAUAAACAUGGGGAAAUAGUUUUUCUUUGU